AUGCUUACAGAAUGUGAGAGGAUCCUUGGUGAAGGCCUUCAACGGCUUCCUUCCAAUCAUAACUACCGCUACGGUCCCCAAGCAGAGAAAGAUCUGCUCGAGCUCCUCUUCCGUUCGCUUACCGGUCAUAACGAAGAACGCCUUCGACAACUAUUCCCCGAGGGGCUGCCAACCGGGCCGUGGAAGCUAGCUGAAGCUCAGGGCGCCAAGGAAGGUGCAGAAUAUACCGAAGCUGCGCGGGGCAAGCGUUGUGGUCAUAUCUUCCGAGCCGGGGAGGCGACGUAUCGAUGCAUCACUUGCGCUGCGGAUGAUACCUGCGUGCUUUGCAGCCGCUGUUUCGACUCAUCCGAUCACACCGGCCAUCAGUACCAGAUUUCUCUUUCCUCGGGGAAUUGCGGAUGCUGCGACUGCGGUGAUGAGGAGGCCUGGCGACUGCCCUUGUUCUGUGCGAUCCAUACGGAUAGCGGCGAUAAAAAGGGCAAGGAGCGGGAGCAGGCUCCGCUCCCGCGGGAGUGGGUGGAUAAUAUUCGGCUGACUGUCGCUCGAGCGCUCGACUAUUUCUGUGAUGUGCUCUCUUGCUCGCCGGAACAGCUGCGAUUGCCGAAGACGGAAGAGGGUAUCAGGCAGGACGAAGAGGCAUCACGGCUACGUCCAGGGUGGUAUGGUGAGGGUGACCUGGCUGAGGAAGAGCCGGAGUUUGCGCUCGCGUUGUGGAACGAUGAGAAGCAUACCAUUCGCGAUGUUGCUCAUCAAGUGAGCCGGGCUUGUCGAGAGCGGGAUUCCUUUGGAAACGAUAGGGCGCAAGAGACCAAUGAUUAUGGACGGAGUGUGGUUAAGUACUCGAAGGAUUUGCAAAGGUUGUUGGCCGUGUCAAAGAUUAUCGAACAGAUCAAGGUCACCGUUACGAUUCGGUCCGCCCGGGAUACGUUCCGCGAGCAAAUGUGCGGGACCAUCGUCGAGUGGCUGGCAGACAUUUCUGGAUGCAGCGUUCUUGAGGACAACGAGAUUUUACGCCAUACCGUCUGUGAGGAACUGUUGAGCCCAUGGCGUCGCGGCAGCGGAGCCUUCAAUGCAGAUAUUGGUAUGAAAGGUAUCGAUGACCAGGAGAAGUCGGACAAUGCACCGUAUCGUACCGUAAUGCUCACGGUAUCUCCUCAGGGUCAAGUAGUAUUGGCCGCGGAUGAUGAUGACGAGGAUGAGGAUAUCGAAAAUGGCGAUGAGCAGGGCGCAAACGAAGACGGUGAGGACGAUGAAGAUUUUGUUGAGGGUCAUGAUGAUGAUGCCGACGAUGAAGACGAAGACAUAGAGAUGGAUUUGAAUAGGUUGCGCCAGGAAGUGGAAGAUGAAGACGAGGAUAUGGUGAUGGGAAAUGCGGAUGAUGCACUGGACACUAUCCAAGCUCUCUUAGGGUUCGCUCGUCAGCGACAGAACCCCGAACAGCAGCAAGAGGAGGAGGAAGAGGAGGAGCAACCACAUGCAGAAGCAAUUGAAACCGAGGCGCAGACUGCCCCUAAUGAUUCGGUCUCCAGUGAGACACACGAUGAUGUCUCGGCGUCUUACGUUCCCAUCCCCAAAACACCCUCUGGUGUAGUUAAGCCUUCCCCGGCAAAGACCCCAAGUUACUGGCAAGUCAGAUCGUCCGUACCUAAGAGAGGGGACAAUGUCCCCCCAUAUGAGGAUUUAUGGCAGCGCACGCGUCUCGACUGGAUGAUUCUUUUCGACCUCAGACUUUGGAAGAAGACACGUACCGAUCUUCGCGAUCUCUACAUUGGCACUGUCGUGAAUGUCCCUCAGUUCAAGCGGAUCAUGGGCUUGCGCCUGUCUGCUCUUUACACUGCACUUGCGCAACUUUACCUGAUUGCCGAUAGAGAGCCAGAUCAUUCCAUUGUAAACCUCUCCUUGCAGCUUCUUACCACGCCUUCAAUCACGGAGGAGAUAGUCCUUCGAGGGAACUUCUUGACUAAGGUCAUGUCUAUCUUGUAUACUUUCUUAACUACGAGGCAGGUUGGUGAGCCAUACGAGGUAAACCCCAAUGCAACGCUGGCGUUCGACGCUGGUUCCGUGACAAAUAGGCGCCUUUACCACUUCUUCUUGGAUCUACGGUAUCUUCUGCAGUCUGAGUAUGUACAGAACCGCGUGCGGACCGAAGAACAAUAUCUCUGUCAGUUCUUGGAUUUGGUCAAGCUCUCGCAGGGUAUCUGCCCCAAUGUCCGUGCCGUAGGGGAGCACGUCGAGUAUGAGACGGACGCUUGGAUUAGCGCAUCUAUUCUCAUGCGGGAGAUAAAUAGGCUGUGCCGUCAAAUCUGCGAAGCAUUCCGUAAUCCCGACGUCGACGGCGGUGAGAACUUGCUGCGAGCACUUAAAGUGGCUACUGUCUCCGCUGUUGCCCACUCCACUGGAAUCGAGCGCAAGCGUUUUGACCAAGCGGAGAUCAAGGAGUACGUUAAGUUCAAAUCCUUGCCGUUCUUUGACUUCGAGGGCGACGAUCAACCGGGUCAGGUUUCACGCCACCGUGUCGUAGACUUCGUCGUUGAACGAGGCUCUAUCAGUUUUCAUCAUGCGUUGCACUACACUCUUUCCUGGCUACUUGAAUGUGGUCGUAACAUGAGCAGCUCUUUGAUGCGCGAUACCCUACUUGAGGCAGCACAGAUUGCGAACGACAAUUUUAUUCAUGAUAGCAGCCUUGCCCCAGAGGAUUUGCUUCUGUCAAUGUUCGACUACCCUCUCAGGGUUUGUGCCUGGCUGGCCCAGAUGAAGGCAGGCAUGUGGGUCCGCAACGGGCUAAGUCUCCGGCAUCAGAUGUCACAAUACCGAGGUGUAUCGUCUCGCGAUUUCGCAUACUACCGUGAUAUCUUCCUGCUUCAGACGGCUCUGGUAACAUGUAACCCAAGCCGUGUCCUCGCGUCUAUUGCGGAUAGAUUUGGAAUGGUUGACUGGAUGACGAGGAACUAUAUGCCACGUGCUGGCUACGAAGAUAACCAGAUCAUCGAUGUCGCCGAGGAGUUCGUGCAUUUGCUUGUCAUCUUGUUGACGGAUCGGAACUCUCUCACGGCUAUAGAUGAUGGCGAUGCCGCGAUGAGCGAAAAUAUUCGUCGUGACAUUGCACACGUUUUGUGCUUCAAGCCUCUAUCAUUCUCGGACCUAUCGACCCGCCUCAGUGACAAGCUGCUAGACUCGGACAUGUUCCAGGACGUGCUGGAAGAGGUAGCAGGGUUCCGCCCCCCUGAAGGGCUGAAUGAUACCGGCACCUUCGAACUCAAAUCCCAAUACAUUGAUCUCAUCGACCCGUACAGCGCCCACUACACCAAAAACCAGCGAGACGAAGCGGAGAAUAUAUAUAAGGAAUGGAUGGCCAAGAAAACUGGCAAAAAGCCAUCCGAUGUGGUGUUUGAACCUAAACUCCGGCGUAUCACUUCUGGGGCAUUUAUCGGACUUCCACGCUUCACAAGGACCUUGCUAUUUGCCCAGAUUGUUCACCAGUGUCUCGACUAUGUUGUCUCCUCAAAGGAGUGCACACCGAACAUUCCACCUACCCGUGUUGAGACUUUCUUGCAGGUUGUUUUGCACUUGAUUCUUGCUGCUGCUCUGGAAGACAGCACUGAGGAAGAUGAGAUGACAGAGGAGCCGAUGGAGUCAUUCGUGUCUCACGCACUAACGAAAGAUCGAACCACCCAGGCAGGCUACCUGACCAUCGUUGGCCUCCUGGAGAAGAUUUCCAUCAUGAGUGAAUUCUCUGCUUGUGGCCCUAAAAUCCGCCAUAUUCUUAAGAAGCUUUGGCAAAAACGUCCCCGUACAUAUGCUUCUGCAACAGCUGCGCUCAGAUUCCCAUUCGACAGAGUCGACACAAAUUCUCCCGCUAUUGACACCGAUAAUGAGAAAGAGAUCAAGAAGAAGCAAGCUCUCGAAAGACAGGCAAGAGUCAUGGCUCAAUUCCAGCAGCAACAGCAAAACUUCUUGAACAGCCAAGGCGCGAUCGACUGGGGCGAAGAAGAUUUCAGCGACAUGGAGUCUGAGCCUGAAGCUGCCCCUGAGACCAAGCUCUGGAAGUAUCCGAGCGGCACUUGUAUUCUCUGCCAGGAGGAGACAAGUGACUCCAGGCUGUAUGGAACUUUCGCUUUGGUUCAAGAUAGUGGUAUCAUGAGACAGACAGAUAUACGAGACCCCGACUGGAUCCGGGAGGUGUUGAAGACCCCCUUGAGUUUGGACAAGUCUGCUGAAAGUGUGCGGCCUUUUGGAGUCGCAGGCGAAAACCGCACUACAGUGAAGCGGCUUGAUUCAACUGGCGGGGAGGUUAUCAGUGAGAAAGUCGGGUUGAGUAAAGGCUUUAAUGCGAAGAAUACCCUGCGUGGGCCUGUCACAACGGGUUGCGGGCACAUCAUGCACUAUUCCUGCUUUGAAGUCUAUUAUACGGCUACUCAACGACGCCAGAGCCAGCAAAUAGCGCGAAACCACCCCGAGCGUCUGAACUUCAACGAGUUCGUUUGCCCUCUUUGUAAGGCUCUGGGUAAUGCAUUCCUACCGAUUACUUGGAAGGGCAAGGAAGAAUCUUAUCCUGGUGUGCUAAACACAACUGUGUCUUUCGAUGAUUUCAUGACUGGGGAGGUCAAAUCUGCUCUGUCUCACCCACGCAACUAUGCGCUGCUCAUGGAACAUAACAAAAUUCAACAGCAGUCUUAUCAGGACCUUUUCCUUGACUACCUCAACAAGAGCUUAGUUCCCCCACUCGCCUCCAAAACAGAGCAAUUAAUGACUUCCCUACUCCCAUCGACCGCCCAUUAUGUUCAGCAAGCGAGGUUGCCGGUGCCUGGUCUCUUCCCAUCACAAGAUGAUCUUCCCGCUGCCAGUCCGCUCCAGCAGGUGUCCAGCCCAGGCGACAGCCCAAUGUCCGAACUUCUGCAGAUCUACAAGCGGCUCAAGCAGACGCUCCGGUUGAAUCACAUCUACUCAACGUUCAGCCAUCACCCAGACACCAUAAAGACAGAUGACCUCGUCCACACUGAUUCGCUCUUCCAGACUUUCGGCUUUAGCAUCGCUGCGGCUGAAAUUCAGCAGCGCGGGGUUGAAUCGGAGCCAGGAUCGACUGUACUGGAGAAGAUUCCCCAAUUAACCCUGACCCACCUCCGUGUUCUGGCUGAGUCGGCUUUGACAUACGCCGCGGUUGGGUGCUUGCAUGACAGCAACGGACCUCACACUCGUUCCGCUGAUGAGAUCCAGGAGAUGCACCGCCAGAAGAUUUGUCAAUUAUUUGUGGGUCAUCCUUGCUUGAGUGGAACGGCGCUGUUGGAUGAUGUCCGCGAAAUUGAGCCACUACUGGGCAAAGACAUUUUCGUGUUCCUGGCCGAAUGCUCUUUAUCCCUGCUGCCGAUUCUUAAUAUUGACAUUCGCCAUCUCAUCCAAAUGUGCUAUGUCGCCGAGAUUGUCAAGGUCGCUGUGACCUACAUUCUUUGGCCCCUCGGACUGAAGGAAGAACUGGCACAAAAUGGUGAUGCCCAUUAUCUGUUGGAUAUAGAGCUUUCGGAUGAGCGAUACAAGUCCGCCAGGCAAUUCUUCAACUCUAUCGUUACGGAACUCAAGUCGAAUUCCGUUGGACGGGCAGAAGGAUCAUCAUUCCCUGCCGAGAGUGGCUAUGUCAAGGACGGGGAGGAUUCUGCAACGCCCGGCGUGGUCAUUGCGUUGAGACGUCUUGUUUCAAGCUACGCAUUGACGUUCCUGCGCAAGGCUGUCAUCCUACUCCAUGUGCAGCACGGGGUUGAAUUCCCCAACACAGGGUUCCACGACUUGGGUGUGUCCGAGUUGGACCGUCUCACUAAGACCCUGCACCUUCCUUCGAUCGAUGAGAUCUUUGCGUCUAUCAGCACGGCGAGGAAGAGUGGCAGUCCUUUCGAUGCUGUGAUAUCGGGUUGGAUCUUCCACUGGAACGCCUCGCGCUCUGGCAUCCGCAUUGGCGAUCACAAGUUAUGGCCCAGUCUCUCGCAUCCGGCCAUCUUCGAACUCGUUGGGCUUCCCAAGUAUUACGACAGUUUGAUUGAAGAGGCCAACCGGCGACGCUGCCCGAAUUCGAAAAAGGAGCUAAGCGACCCCAGUAUCUGCCUCUUCUGUGGGGACAUCUUCUGCUCGCAAGCUGUGUGCUGCAUGGAGAAUAAGAUGGGUGGCUGCAAUCAGCACGUUCAAAAAUGCGGCAAGAAUAUCGGACUAUUCAUCAACAUCCGCAAAUGCACGGUGCUGUAUCUCCACAACCACCAUGGCUCCUGGCACUAUGCGCCUUACCUGGACCGCCAUGGGGAGGUGGAUCCCGGCCUCCGCCGCAAUCGCCAACUGAUCCUCAACCAGAAACGAUACGAUCGACUCCUCCGCGACGUAUGGUUGUCGCACGGCAUUCCCGCGACGAUCAGCCGGAAGUUAGAAGCUGAUAUUAACAAUGGAGGCUGGGAAACUAUCUAG